CACAGACGCACGCUGGGCUCCCAGCUUAGAAGAAGGUAGCAUGGCAGAGCCAGGUAGUAAUUUUAUGAGCCCUCCGGGGUGGUUUCCAGCCCCCGAACCGACUCCCAGGUUGGGGCCCAUGAGCAACGCCGCCCCUCCGCGGGACAACUGGGUAUUCUGGGCAAUGCUGCCGCCAGUGCCGCCUCCUUCGUUGCAGCCUGCUGCCAGAUCAGAGCAUUCAUUUGAGGCGCAGCCCCGGAUGAAGGUCCAGCCUCUCUCCGGGGCGCCACCCCCCUUUGAUGCCCAGAUUCUGCCCGGGACGCAGCCCCCCUUCGACUCCCAAUCCCCCCUUGAUUCUCAGCCUCAGCUCAGCGGCCAGCCUGCUUGGAAGUUCCAGGCUUCGACAUCUUGGUCCUGGGGACAGUCUCCUGGUGCUUUCCCUCAUCAGCAGAACUCCUGCAAUCCUCCAGUUAAUCAUUCUUAUUUUCCACCAAAAUAUGAUGCAAAAUUCACUAAUGUUAACUUCUCUCCUGGCAAAAAACAGAAAAAAAAGAAAAGAAAGGAACAAGUUUUUCACUUAUUUUGUGAUACCUGUGAUCGUGGUUUUAAAGAUCAAGAAAAGCAUGACAAACACAUGUCUGAACAUACAAAAUGUCCUGAAGUAGAUUGCUCUUUUACUGCACAUGAGAAGAUUGUCCAGUUUCACUGGAAACAUAUGCAUGCUCCUGGUAUGAAGAAGAUCAAGUUAGACACGCCAGAGGAGAUUGCAAGAUGGAGGGAAGAAAGAAGAAAAAAUUACCCAACUCUGGCUAACAUUGAAAGGAAGAAAAAGUUAAAACUUGAAAGGGAAAAGAGAGGAGAAGUAUUGACAACGACACAGUAUGGCAAGAUGAAGGGGAUGUCCAGAAAUUCACAGAUGGCCAAGAUCAGAAGUCCUGGUAGACAACACAAAUGGAAAAAUGAUGAUGUCAAACAGAGCGGUGUCCCUGGAUCAGAAAACCUCCCUGGUUCAAAGCCUGAAGGUCCACCUGAGGCAAAGGCAGAUCCUCUUGGUGUUUUGAUAAAUAGCGAUUCUGAGUCUGAUAAGGAGGAGAAAACACAGCAUACAGUUGUACCUAAGGAAGUCACACCAGCUUUGUGUUCACUAAUGAGCAGCUAUGGCAGUCUCUCAGGGUCAGAGAGUGAACCAGACGCAACUCCUGUCAAGACUGAAACAGAAGCUGUGGCAGAAAACCAGGUUGCUCAUAGCAGUCCUCCCAAGAGUCCAAGACAAGAUGUUAAAGCAACUGUUAGAAAUUUCUCAGGAGCCAAGUAUGAGAACCGAAAGAAAGGUUUUAAAAAGACAAACCCUAAGAGGAAAAAACAUUGUCCCAACUAUGAAAAAUUAUUUCAGCCAAGAACACACCAUCCAUAUCUCCUGGAAAUGCUUCUAGCUCCGGACAUUCGACAUGAAAGAAACGUGAUUCUUCAGUGUGUUCGAUAUAUCAUCAAAAAAGACUUUUUUGGACUUAAUGAAAACUAAAGAUGUAUAGGUGUGUAAUGUUUCAGCACAUAUAACUGAAGCAUAUAAAAUGUGUAAAAUAAUACCAUCCUCAAGUUAAUGGAGGAAAACCCAAAACCAUUUUUUUUUUUCCCAAAACUGUAUUGGUAAACUAUAAGCCUCAUAGAAUAUUAUGUUGGAAUUUCAAGUCUUUCCUUUGAUUCUGUGCAAAUAAAUAACGUGGUUAAUUUUUGAA